CCUCACGGCGGCCAGGAAGAGAGAGGAGUCCACGAGAUCUGACUUUACGUUCCCUCCGCGGCCACCAGUGAUGACGUCACCGAGAGCCCGCCCACCCUCCGAAGACCCAUUUCCGAGCUGCACCGGAGCAUGAGAAUCUUAUGGAAGCCAUUUGGAUUCUUAAGAAGACUUUUACAAGUAGAAUGUUGUCACCCCAAUGAGUUGAUAUCUGUGUCUGUACUGACAAGGAGGACAUUGGUAACGAGGCUUAGUAAAGCACCUAGUAUUUUUUGGUUGGGUCAAAGACAAGGAUUCUCAACCAUGCCAGAAAUAGAAGCAAGUAUCAGAGAUACCGAACUAUUUUCACCACCCUCUGAUGUUCGAGGAAUGACAAAACUUGACAGAACAGCUUUUAAAAAGACAGUGUCCAUCCCGGUGCUUAAAGUGAGAAAAGAAGUGGUCAACAGACUGAUGCGAGCCCUCAAGAGGGUGGCCCUGCAGCGUCCAGGCGUAAAGCGAGUCAUUGAGGAUCCCGAAGAUGGGGAUAGUAGACUCAUUAUGCUGGAUCCCUACAAAAUGCUCACCGUUGACUCAUUUGAGAAAGCAGAAUUCGCUGUUCUAGAGGAACUUGAUGUCAACCCACAGUUAUCUGAAUACAAUUUGGAACUAACUUAUGAAAACUUUAAGUCAGAAGAAGUUUUGAGGGCUGUGCUUCCUGAGGGUCAAGAUGUGACCUCAGGGUUCAGCAGGGUUGGACAUAUUGCACACCUGAAUCUCCGAGAUCAUCAGCUACCAUUCAAGCAUUUAAUUGGCCAAGUUAUGAUAGACAAAAAUCCAGGAAUCACCUCUGCAGUAAAUAAAACCAGCAAUAUUGACAACACAUACCGAAAUUUCCAAAUGGAGGUGCUGUCUGGAGAGGAGAAUAUGCUGACCAAGGUUCGAGAAAACAACUACACAUAUGAGUUUGAUUUUUCCAAAGUCUAUUGGAAUCCUCGUCUUUCCACAGAACAUGGCCGGAUCACUGAACUUCUCAAUCCUGGAGAUGUCUUGUUUGAUGUUUUUGCUGGGGUUGGGCCCUUUUCCAUUCCAGCAGCAAGAAAAAACUGCACAGUAUUUGCCAAUGAUCUCAACCCUGAGUCCCAUAAAUGGCUGUUGCACAAUUGUAAGCUGAACAAAGUUAACCAAAAAGUAAAAGUCUUUAACAUGGAUGGAAAAGACUUUCUCCAGGGACCAGUCAGAGAAGAGUUAAUGCUUCGGCUAAGACUGCCAACUGAAGAAAAACCCUCUAUCCACAUUGUCAUGAACUUGCCAGCAAAGGCCAUAGAGUUUCUCAGUGUUUUCAAAUCACUUCUAGAUGGGCAGCCGUGCAGCAAUGAGUGCCUUCCCACAGUGCACUGCUACUGUUUCUCCAAAGAUGCUAAUCCUGCUAAGGAUGUUUGUCAGCAAGCUGGAGCCAUGUUAGGCAUUUCCUUGGAGGCAAGUAGUUCAGUUCACCUCGUGAGAAAUGUGGCCCCUAACAAGGAAAUGCUAUGCAUCACCUUCCAGAUUCCUGCUGCAACUCUCUACAAGAACCCGGCCCUCACUGGAGAGAAUUACGAAGAGCCAUCUCUUAAACGGCAGAGGACAGAUGAUUCCUUCUUGGAACCACAAAUCACUUCAGAUUCUUAGUUUAAAAUGUUUUCUCCAUCUCCCCAGUAAAUAUUUUUUGUAAAGAAGUACAAUUUGUAUGACUUGACUAUCGGGUAUUUGUUAUUGAGCCCUUAUGUUUUGCUCUUAUAAAUGGAACAAUACCAAAGUAAAACUUAACUGAAAUAAGCUGAA